UGGUAUUGGUUGGUAUCGGUGCGACACAGGGGCCAAGGGUUCUAAGGGGGUUGAUGCGUCGGCGUGUUGCGCCGUAGCUUUUGCCGCGGCGCCCGGCAGUCCGUAGGCGAAGUCCUAACGAGUAGCCGGCGAGCGAGCCGUUUCUCCAAAAAACUUCCCCUCAAUUACAUUGCGCUGAGAUUUCCGUGUCCAUCUUUCGAAUUUUCGGCUCCUCGACCCGCGUGGUUUCUUUACUCGUCGCGUUUUCGCCGUUCGUUUUAUGCUUCCCUCGUAAACUCGCCGUAGGCUGUUUCGUUCGAACUGUUUGAAACCUCGAUAAGUUUGGAUAAGUUCGAAGUAAGAGAUCGAACAAGUUGAUCGAUAGUGAGAUUAACUUUUUAUUUUACGAAAUACGUACGAUCGAUUUAUGGGUCGAGGAAGGUAUUCACGAAGUGCGAACAGUGUUUGUAUUGACGAAUAUGGAAAAUUUUGAUGAUAUGUGACGAGAUUCUGUCGAUCGUGCGACAAAAAGUAAAUGACCCGAUUUUCGACUGACAAGUCGUAAGACGGAUGUACCUUGGUGGAAUGUAUCAGUGAGGAACGAUAGGUGUUGUGAUUUCGAAGAGUGUACAAAAUUCACGAUUCGUGAUUCUCGAGACUAGUGAUCGAAUCAAACUCCUCGAAAGGAUCUCGUAUGCGUGUGUCGUCAUCGCGUCAUCGUGCUGGCCUUAACGAGGCGCAGUUAGCGUCGGCAUCGUUAGGGAGCGUGGAACGCGAGUGGACUGGUGCUUCCAAAUCCUCGAAAUUAUCGCCGCGAUUCCUAGCACCCUUGGUGUAUAGUGAGAACAGUGGUUCGUCGUUCGUGUCCACCUCCUCUCGAUAAUUCGUCCUCGCAUCUCGAAGAAGGGAGGCACGUAAACGAUCGUGAGUACGCGAACGUGCUUCCUUAAAGUGAACCUUACGCGCGGAUAUGCGCCGUUAAUGAAAGAAUCUGGCGUGAUUGCUCGAGGAGACGAUCGGAGCGUCCUUACGUGGCUGGUAGCCGCGAGAAUAGCGAACCAAGCUAACGAAAAAGGGACAAGUAGAAAGGAGGGAAGAAGAAAUCGAGCAGAGAAGGAUCGGAAGGAGACGAGAGGCACCGCGUCUCAACUUUCGAAACAGAGAUGAGUUGAGAAUCGACUACGAUGUUGAGUCGUCUUUCGGCCGUGGUGGCCUCCAUUUUGGUUCACCAGCUACACGUUUUGUGUGCCGCCACCUCAUUAGGUGCUAAGCCGUUUCCUGGACUGGAAAACCUGCCGAGGUCGUUCUGGCAUGAGCUCAGUUCGCCUUUUACCGAGGUAUACGAGGUGGAAAGUUUCGCAACAGAGACGGGCGGCACUCCGGAGCCGAGGCCCUUUUUCGAAGAUCCAGAGAGCAACAUUACCGUGCAACUCGGUGCUCAAGUAUAUAUGCACUGUAGAGUACAAAACCUGCAGGAUACGCUUAAGGUGUCGUGGGUUCGCAGACGAGGCGACGAGCUGCACUUGCUCACGAUCGGUUUGGACACGUACGCGAGCGACUCUAGGUUCUCGCUGGCCCUGGAGAAGCCGAAUGAUUGGCGGUUGCUUUUGCGUUCGGCUACCGAACGAGAUGGCGGCGUGUACGAGUGUCAAGUCAGUGCUCAUCCGCCAUUAAUCAGAACUGUCCAUCUCACCGUGUCAGUGCCGAAGGUUGAGAUCGUGGACGAGCACGGUGCCACGGCUGGUGACAAAUUCUACAAAGCGGGCAGCACGAUAGAAUUGAAGUGUGUGGUCAGCAAUAUACCGCAGCCUACCGGAUAUGUUACGUGGCGGCACGGAUCCCGCACGCUGAAUUACGACACUACCCGUGGAGGAAUCAGCGUGAAGACUGACAUGGGCGCCAGCGGCGCGAUAUCCAGGCUCUACAUUGCCAACGCGAAUAAAAAAGACAGCGGGAAUUACAGUUGCGCUUUGGCGGAUGUCGCGGCAGCUACCACGGUCUCCGUCCACGUGUUAAACGGCGAGAAUCCAGCAGCCAUGCAGCACGGUGGUUGCGCGAAUCUUCAGGCGACGUCGUUCGUUCUCAUCGUCAUCACGAUGCUAUUCCCGUCGCUUUUCAGGUGACCGUGAUGUCCUAAUCACUCUCUGGGCCUGCAGUUCGAAUGGUGCUAACUCCCUUCAUUCUCGCGGCAAAUGGAACGCGAGAAAAUUCCGAAGAAUCCAAAGUAAUUGUCUUUCCCGGCCCAUAUGUCGAGCUUCGCAAGGAACGGACGCACUUUCGCAUUCGAAAUCGAUUUUUACACCGAAAGCCGAUAAGCAGCAACCAGCCGAAUCAAUUCCGACUCGUGAUACGAAGAAAGAAGACAGUAAGAAAUCAGCAAAAACUUUCUCCAUGGUAUACGCAGAUUAUUAUAAGACAGAGAGGGAAAGAGAGGGAGAGAGAGAGGGAGAAACGUUUGUGCUGAAACCACUGUUUUACACGAGAUGUCGUCAAAGGAUCCGAUUGUUCGACAAAGGACUUUCCUCCCCCUUUCGUUUCGUUUCUUUUUCAAUACAUCGAACUGCAUAAAUGGAAACGCGAAAUUUCCCCGUGACAGACAACGAAGUUUUCCCCUUUAUCGUGAACAUUCGUCGAUCCUGUUUACCGAGCUCAAGGUUCGCCCAUCUCGUCUACCAUAUCGUACGUGAAUUUCCACGAAUAUUUUUGCGUAUGGCGGUUCCAGCGGUUCGCUUUGAACGCUGCACGAUACCAAGAGAGGAUUCUCCAUUGCCUUUUACUCGGUCGAUCUCUUGGUUCGCAUGUAAAGAUUGGAAACGUAUCCUUGUGGGUUCAUACUGCGCACGAACAUUAUCAAAACGAAAUAAAGAUAAAUCGAACGUGAAUUAUCGUGAUUUGAAAUUCGUUCAAGCAGAUUAACAUAUCAAUCUUUUUCUCAGAACGAAAAUCGCGGCUCUUCCCGUUCCUUCCGACGAAUAAUUCUAUUAAAGAAAAGAAAAAAAGAGAAAAGAAAGUGAUUUGACUUGUCGCAGUUGAAACGCCGGGAAUCGAACAGAGUUUAUUUCUUUGAAACUGAAAAAGUUUUGGGAAUAAAUAGCGACCUAGAAUUGUUUAUCCGAAUGGAGCACGCGUGGUACACGAACCGUGCCAAAAACAGGCGAGUACGCGUAAUACUUUUUAUCGUUGUCAUUCUAGUUUCAUCGAAUGUAAUUGCAUGUUCCGGUCUUUUUAAUCCUCAACACGGCAUCGUUGCAUUAGCAUAUUUACUUUUCAAGUGUUUUGUUUUGUUUGAUGUUUCUUCUUCGACACGGUGAUAGCUUUUACCGGGUAAAAUAUACAAUGUCAAAUGAAAAUAAAAUAUAUUCUAACGUAAGUUAUCGCGAUCGCAUACGAUCCGCUGAUAACGAUUAAGGGGUUACAGGAAUCGAAGUGUUUUACAAAGAAUUUUAUAUUUAAAUACGCUUCGAUUUUAUCCAGAAGCUGAUGAAUUUUUUUACUUUACCAACGAUUAAUUUAACUAUUGUAAUAUUAAACUAUUAAAGUUUGAUUAAGUUCGACAAGUGAACCCAUGUUCGAAGCCUUUGUGGUUCACGCGUUGAAGAGUUUCGCAAAGAGAAUAUUUUCUUCGAUUGCAUUUUUUCCAGCUUGAUCAGGUUCGAACGUAUAUCCAGGGAAAUCGUAAAGCAGAGAGGUUAAACGAAGCAACGCUGGCCGAAUAACUUGGAGAUUAAAUUAGAAACGCAUCUUGCCAAGAUAUUCACCGAGUUGCGAGAAACAUCGUUUCUUGAUUAUUUGCAAAAAUCUCCAGUCGAUAAUUCUGAAUCUCAUCCGAACAUUUCAUGGGGAUUUCAUCCAUUGAAACAGUGAAAAUCAAACGUGAUGCUUCUGAGAUGAUUUUCACAUCUAAAGCACAUCGAUAUUCCUCGUACGCGUUCUACGUUCAUGCGUGAAAAUAAAGGGAAUAGAGUGUCGGUCGAUUGAACAAUUUACGCAGCUCGCCUGUUCCAUUUUGCGGGGGUUUCGCGCGAGUGAAAUGCACAACGGCGGAUUUGACAAAAAGAAACGCGAACGACAGACGCAAACAUUACGGCGAUGUGUCGCGCAAGUUGAAGCGUGAAAUAAUGGUUGGGCCGUGGGCUCUUGAAAUUAUUACACGAUAUAAAAUACUCGUUUCUACGCGGCGCCAGAAGCGUUGUUCAACCGGCCAGACAAUGACCGUUCAUAAAAUUUCGAAUCACUCGCUUAGCCUCCUCUGUGUUUAUUGCGCGCGACUAUGCAAAUUUGCUUUCACUUCGCUCCGCCGCUACAAAUUUAACACUUUGAUUACCAGACCGUUGCCAGGACAAUCAUUUUUGCAUCGGUCACUGGGCCCCACCACCGACUGGUUAAAUGCGCUUGUAUAAACGCCGGAUAUACGCGAUCGAUCUGUCCAAUUCACGUCCGCCCACUCUAUGACGUACAACCGCGCGUAUUAAUCGCUUUUCUCGCACAUCGCCGAUACCUUUUAUUUUUUUAUCGUUUUCUUUCCUACUCUUUUAGUUUCAUGUACGCUUCUUCGAUGCAUCUGGCGGGGAAAUGGUUGACGCGAGUCGUCGACCCGUCGGCGAUUACGAAAGCCGAUCAUGGGACUUUUACAUCGAUUAGUGGGGAAUAGCGAAGAACGAUCGAUUCCCAUUACUUUCGAUUUGUUUCCGACGCGACAAGUUCGAUCUUAUCGUGUCUUUUAUUCUUUCUAACACGGUCUUUUGUUUUUUAAAAUUAUUUUUCCACAAAUUGCGCAGCUCGCACGAAACUGUACAUCGAAUCGGAGGGUGUUUUUUUACCAUCUUUUUUGUCUUUUUUUUUUUUUUUUUGAGCAAUACAACACGCUUCACGCUGGCUCAAAUAUUUUUCCACGCAAAGCUAAACCGAUAUACCCAUACAAAAGCAAAGAGGAAGUUUUAAUUCUGCGCUGUGUUCUACACAUCGACUGUCCCUCUUUCGGAAACGAUCCAAUCGAGAACGAUAAAGUUGGAAUAACAAUGAGCCUCCUCUGUUGAAAAAUUACGAUUCCUUCAAUUACAUACAGCAUCCCUUUGUGCGCAGAACCAGUGUGCGGGCUUUCAAUCAACUAAACAAAACGCCGACACCGCUGAAAAGCAAAUAAAGAGCGCGUCACGUCGUAUUAAAAAAUAGUAAUAUCGGCUUUUUGGUUUUCGAUUCGUAUCCUUUGUUUCUAUGUACUCUACCCUUCGCUAUCUAACAGCUCGAACAUUUCGGUCAAUUUAUAUUAAACGAUAUGUUAUUAGCAGAUUGUACAUCAAAAUUAUUUAUUUUCAAAUUUAUUGCAUACUAGUAUUUUUUUGUUCAUCGGACGAUUGUAGUAAUCACGACGAAUACGAUUAUUAGAAAUCUUUCUAUUUAUAAUUUCAUAUAUCAAAAACGAACAUACUUACGAAUGCUACAACAUGUGUACAAGAACGCUAUGUUUCUUCCGCAAAAUGGUGCUAUUAUAUUUUAGAAAUAAAAAUGAGAAACAUACGUAGGUUGAAAUCAAACGAAACUCCGAUACGUUCUUAUUUUUACCUAUGUCUAUCGUAAUUUUCUAAUAAAACAUCUGACGCGCCAUCUUUUUCUUAUUUUUACCAUUUCGCGUGCAGAGUCUUCCGUGAUUUUUCUACCGCGUUUUGCCUUCUUCCUCGAACGAUGAAAACCUCACAUGCUAUAAGUAGCACAUGGCGCUAAUUAAACGAAAAUCCAGUACGUUGUUACAUCGAUCGAAACUUUCUAACCAAAGGCACAUUUGCGCACCAUCUUUUUCUUAUUUUUAUCAUUUUGUACGUAAAAGACACCGUGUACAAUACGCAAUACCGUGUUCCUUUUGGAAAACAAUUUCGAACGCACGGAAAUCCUGUCUACAUUUCCGCGCGUCUCUGUUGCCUCUGUUCGUCGAAUUCCUGUAAGCGAAAGUUGACCGCGUAAUUUCAUUUUGCGCCAUUGAGGUUCGAUCCCCGCUUGAAUCCGCGCGAUUUGAGACGCAUAACCAACGGGAUCGAUGUUAACGUGACCAGAGGUCGAUCGCGAAAUCGAAAUCACCGAGAGAUUCGACCCGAAGCGGUUAAACGGAUCGUGACAAUGACGUCGGGUCACUUCCGUGUAAAUCAGCGCUUGCUGCCGCCGAAUAUUGCAACCUUCUGCCUGAAUAAUACAAUAAUUUAUCGAGAGCAUUGUUACACGGCCAGGUGAAAAGUACGUGGUAGUCCGCACAAAAGUCACAUUCGUGUAACCGAUAUCUGCGAUAAAUUGAAUUAUCAUCUGGUCCGUGUGCCGCCUCUUUUCUACCUUCCACUUCUUCUUCUUUGCUCUUAAAAUCGUUUUACACUCGAUCUUGUCUUUUUGUAUCGUUAAGAAAUUUUUAAGGAAUCCUUGCCAAUGUAUGUCAUUUUUUAAGUACAACGGGAUUCGUUGCGAAUUGUCGACUAAAGAGCAACCGGUCAGGUCAAACCGAUCGGUCGAUAUCGCGUUCCUCGAACGAAUCAACGCUCAAGGUGGAGGAGGUUUAACAGAUCGAGUGUUAGAGUAAUCUAGCACUGUAUUUCCACUCGUUGUAUAAAAGUAACGUUUGAUGUUAUGAACACGGCGGUGGAUCUUGUUGGGAGUGAAGUAUUUCAGCCACACGAUACGACGUCUGAUGAUCAACUGUCCUUCUACGUUGCUGAUUCUCCCUCGGGGAGGACAUGUAAUUCGGGAUUUCCUAAAGAAGGGAAUGGAGCGGGAUUAAACGUACGAACGUUAUUUGAGGUACCAAGUUGUGUUCAUAAUUUUCGUACAAUUUGUUGAAUUUGUAAUUGAACAACGGAAUACCCAACAUCGUCAUAUGUUGCACGUUACACUCUACAAGUCAAUUCUGUCGUUAAUGUCAUGUAUCAUUUUUAUCAUUAAUUAAAUCAAAAUAUUUAUUGCUAGCUCAAAAGAUAAACAUCUUGGUGAAAAAAUCCAAUACUACUCUACCAAACACUGGACGAGCUUCGAAAGAAAAAUCAUAUUGCGAUGUAAAAGGUCGAAGACGGCAUUCUCGAAAAUCAAAUUACCGUUUUAUCGAUGAAAUGUCUUAUUCGCAUGCACAAAUAUUCUUUUACGCGCUUACGAAGCAGCGAUUCCAAUUCCUUAUAAAGGGAAAAUAAUGGUAAUCCGUUUGUCUGCUUGAACUUUUUCGCUCCCUGGUUCUUCCACUGCUCUGCCGUCGUUCUCCCCCUCAUUUAUCGUUUCGUAUCCAUAUGAUAUCUUGUUUACCUCUCCACUAUCCUGCAGGCUUUUUCUCGGCGAUGGUCUCCCACCGGAAUCGUCAUCCAUUUCUAUUUCUUGAAGAGCGUACCUCUGUCGCCCGUUGGAAUUCGUAAAAAGAAGCAUUUGCGAAUUAAUGGUAAACACUCGGUGGUUCGGUUUCCAUCGCGAGAAAACGUUUUCCCGGCAAACUCGAUUAGGGAAACAGCUUCGAAAGGCGAUCGUCCGCAGCCUUUUCUCUCGAUUUCUCCACCUUAGAUCAAUUAGAGCGUCGAAUUUUCCAGCUACUCGCAGUUAACUGAGAAGAUUUGGAGGGCUACUAUAAUAAACAAUACGUUCGUUUUAAUGCAAUUAUUUUGAUCGUUCGUUCAAUGUCGUAGAUUUUUAGUAUUUCGAAAAAAGAAGAAUUCCGAAGAACUGGAUUCUUCCUCUUGUCGAAUCCUAUUUACUUAUUCUUUAUUCUUUCCUUGUUCUCGUCAUUUGUAUAUUCAUAUUGCUAGCGUUGUCAUGUUUUGUACGUUUCAUGUAUUUAAAAUAAUUUCAUUCACUUAUGGAAUUUUUAGGAGAUGGAAUUGAUUGUUGAAAAAUGUAGAGCUUGUAAGACGUUGUUUUGAACUUCUGCGAAGUAUCUGUAUCUCAUUUAUAAUGUAAAAUGUUUUACAUUUUCGAGCAGAGUUUUAUUCAUUGGAAUCUUCAUAAGAUGGAGUUCAAAAUUUAAAACGUGUAAGACGUUCCUUUUAGAUUUUUCUGAAAUUCUAUCUCACUGUUACGAUAAAAUGUAAUAGUUUGUUAGGUAUUGUAAAAUUUCAAAUAUUCAAUUCGAAAUAAUUGAGCCUUUCUAUUUAAUGGUAAAACGUCGAGAAAAGGAAAAUGUGAAAUUAUUUAGUGGCUUUUAUAUUGGAAGACUAAACACAUACGAUUCUUCGCAAUUUUUUUUAAAUAUAAUGCCACUAUAAUUGGGUCUAAAUUGGAACUGAAAGCGUUCCACGGAAGCCGAGGCUUGCUUUAAAGGGGCAUAAAGCUUUCAUUGUGCGCACUGUCGUUUCUACGGUCUCUACAAUUCAUCAAAGUCGAACGGAUCUAUUUUAAAUUGAAAAUGAGAAGCAUAUCGGGAAUUACGUUUUCAUUUAACCGCGUAUAUUUUCUCAUUAUUGUUUCAGUAAAUGAUUUAACUUCUUAUUAUUCUGAAUUAAACUUCCUCUCACCGUAUAAUCUGUUACGCGUUACUUUUUAUGCCAUUUUUACACCGAUUAAUUUUUAAAACAUGUCGUACAAGUUUAACAACUAUAUUACUUUUUCAGUUCUAUUAGAAACUGUCGAGCGCUAAAUAUAUCGCUGUUACUAUUUCAUGUUUGUUGGGACAUUUAGUACAAUAUUUGUUGGGUAUAAUAUUCGUUGAUCGUUGGAACGAUGGGUAGAAAUUUUUCGCAUCGUUUCACUCGACAACUGCUAAACUCUAUAACGAAACUACGUAUAGAAGGAAUUUCAGUAAUCGAAAUGAACGCCAGUCAUGAAUGUAAUAGAAUUUGUUUGAUGGAAUUUUCAUUGGUUUGGACACAAUUUCCUGUCUUCUUAUUGAACAUGGCAAACACAUAGAAUCGAAGAAAUAUUUCUGCAAAAGUUACGAUUGACAUUAUAACCGAGCGGAAAUCUUUAAAAACGAACAAUAUAGGCGUUGUUAAAUAAUAAUAUCGAAUGAAAAUAUAAUGCAGAUGAAUACCGCUCGUCUUUUUUUUUUUUUUUAAAGAUGAUUCGCGAUUAAUUAAAAAGAUGAUUUUCGUUUUAAUUAAAAAUUUGUUAAAAUUCGCAUUUCAUAUGUUUAUGCGUGAAAUUCGGCUCUCUCGGAGCUUUAAAUAUUAAUUACGUAAAAUUUCAACAGCGAAACCUACUUAAUCGAAUUUUGAUUUUAACUGGAAUUUUGUUCAUUUAUUAUCUUCCACAGCGUAAGCUGUAUUUUCUCUUAUACGUCUAUUCGGUAGAUCGGUGAAAAACAGGGAUUGUUUAACGCAUUGAACGCGGAAGACGAUUUCCUAUUUCCUUGCCGAUGAUCUCUGGAUAAAUAGACACGCGUUAUGGAAAAAUAGAUUUCCGACAGCAGGGACCUCCUUCGAUUUUGUGUACCGCAUUGAAUAUGCGAAAAACAUUAAUUAAACGAUCGAUGGAUCGUCGAAGGUGUAUACAUUUAAAACUAAAUAUUUCUGUUCCACCAAACAAUUCAGCACCGUUGAAAAUUCAAUGUCGAAAAAUUGCGAGUUGUCUGAAUUAUUACAUCGAUAUGAAACAAAGUGAGAUUUGUUAAUAAGUGAAUCGCGAUUUUCUUUUACGCGAAACAAGCAUUUUUUAAAUCUUGUGAUAUUGAAAAUUAGUUUUUUUUUGUUAGAGACAGAUUAAAUCUGCACCGAUUUUCAUAGAAAUUUCACGAACUUGACAAACACGCUCGUACGACCAGGAGUUUCGUAGCGAUCGAAAUAUCGCAAGAUACGAACGAACAAUCGAUCGAGCAUUAAAUUGAUUCCACUCGACGACGUACAAUGUAACACGAUCAUCGCGUAACAUACGAUAAAUACAAUCGAUUUUUCAAGUACAUUAUCGAUGGAAGAAUCGAAUGUUUCACCGGCUCUCAAGCAAACUCACAGAGUUGCAAUUAAAAAUAAAACACUUGAAAAUCACAAGAAAUAACAGAAUGGAAUCUUUCGAUGAUAAUGUCGUUAAUUAGGAAAUUAGUAAAAUUUUCAAUUACGUUGAUUCUUCCCUUCAAUAGAAAACGUUACGUUAUUAAUUGUUAAAAUUUGUUCUCCGCAAUAUUCGGUUUGCCAUUGUUGAUACGUCAAAAUAUCGUUUGAGACUGGAUGAAAAAUUCAAUUCUUGCAUCGAAUCGUACGUUACAAAUUUGUACGAAGGGAGGAUGAAUAAAUCCUGCUUUCAAAAUCAUGGAAACAUUCCUAAUGGAUCUUUAAUCUUCGUUCGAUCGAAUGAGUAUUAACGAUGAAAUUUUCACGGCCGCGUGCUGCGCGAUAUGCAAAUAACGGCAACGCCAUUCGCGAGUGAGUAAGAACAUUUUCGUGUGCAUGCGUAUGUACGGUCUUUGUAUGUGUGCGUCCCCGCGUAUGUAUCUUCGAGUACGAGUACACGAGCUAUUCGGAACGCAUUUGAUAAGAAACGAAAAAGGAGAAAAAAAAACAGAUCCUAAGUAAGAUAAAGUAACGUAAGAGAAAAAAACAAAGUAUUACGAAGUUAGAGAAAGUAAGUCACACGGGACUUAUCCCGAUCGGAGAUUGAAAAAUCAUGCGCAGAAGGGGAAAAGUCGCCGUUAUACCAUUAGAUACGUUUGACAUUUGAUAAGUUGAUAGAUGCUUGUGAAUUUUUAUAAUUUAGAAUUUUUACCGAAUAUUGGUUCUAUGUACUUUAGCUACUAGCGAGUACUUGUAAAUUGAACUUAAAUCUGCGAAGAGAUCCAUGCGACCCAAUAAGACGAUAUUUAAUCGACGCAGAGCUCUUAGUGCUAUCGAUUAUAUGUAAUUAUAAUCGAUUGUAAAAGAUUCAUCUGCUUGCAUUUGUAUCGUACAAAUUUUUAUUUUCGUCCCAUUCGAAGCUAUUUGUUAACUAUCAAAGCUUCGAGCCAUUUAUUGCAUUAAUAAUUUUAAUAAUUGCAUCGGAGAUAAAUAAGGUAUAAAGGAAACCAGCGAUACUCGAUUGAUGCAAUUUUUGUACGUGCGUUUCAGACGUACGCGGUAUAAAGAAUAAGGCAAAAGCUACAGAAUCUAUUCUUUUUGUGUGUAAAAUAAAACGACGAUUUCUCCCGAUAUAAUUACACAAAGUGUCUAUUUCGAUCUUCGAUCCGGAUUCCGUUUGUCAGAGUGCAUGUGUGUAAAAAUCGAAGAAGAUUCGUGUAAAGUCUUCGGCUCGAUAUACUUGCUCAUCGCUAAUCACGUCUCAUCAUUCAUAGUAAUAUAUCCACGAUACGGUAACGAUAAAGUAAAUAAGAAGACAUGUCUAUAAGCAUCUGUAAGCUAUUGGUACUAUUAAUGGUCGUUAACGCGGUUAGGGUGGCGCAGACACGCUGUAGGGAAAUUCCAUUUUCGUGGGACGGGAGAAAGGACGAAAGCGGAAAAGGAAACGAUAGAAAAUUAAUUUAACGUCGAUAUUCGCUGUUCACUAUUUGUAAGAUUCGACAAGGUAAAUACAAUAAAAUUCAUAGUACCUAA